CAAGUUUCGGUGUAAAGGCGUUAGCGCGUUUCCAAUAGCCAACCAUAAACAAGUUGCUACGAAGCUAUGGGAGCGCCGUAAUAAUUUUAAUUCAACUAUUUCUCAAAACUAAUUUUCCCAAAAAUUAUCUAAUCAACAAGCCAACGUCGCAAUUGCUUAGAUUAUUUCGUGUGUAUUUUCGUUGUACCGAGACAAAGUCUUAACUACACCAACAUUAUCCACCCACUUCCGGAAAUCACUCACACAAUGGAUUUGAGUGAAGCUUUGUCAGUGGUGCCGCAAGCGAGUUUCCAGUAUUUACGCGAUGGGCGCAACAUCAGCCUAGCCGAUAGUGUCCCCGCUGAUAUUUUUCACAUGGUCGACCCCUACUGGUACAAAUGGCAGCCCAUGGAUCAGAUUUGGUUUCAGAUCAUUGGUUUUAUUAUAACCGUUUUGGGUGUGAUGUCGCUGUCAGGCAACUUCAUUGUCAUGUAUAUAUUCACUUCAACGCGUUCAUUACGUACACCAUCUAAUAUUUUUGUGGUGAAUUUGGCUUUUUCCGACUUCAUGAUGAUGUUCACCAUGUUCCCGCCAGUCGUGUUAAAUGGCUUCUAUGGUACUUGGAUAAUGGGUCCGUUCCUGUGCGAACUCUACGGUUUGGCUGGUUCGCUUUUCGGUUGUGUAUCAAUUUGGUCAAUGACUCUGAUCGCUUAUGAUCGGUAUUGUGUGAUCGUGAAGGGUUUGUCGCGUAAGCCACUCACCACAACAGUGGCUGUAGUACGUUUGGUGUUUGUGUGGUGUAUUUGCGGCACAUGGGCCAUAUUGCCAAUGAUCGGUUGGAAUCGUUAUGUACCUGAGGGAAAUAUGACCGCAUGUGGUACAGACUACUUUGCCAAGGACUGGUUCAAUCGCUCGUACAUCAUCGUUUACUCGAUGUGGGUGUACGCCACACCAUUAACGACCAUUGUCUUCUCGUACUAUCACAUUAUGAAGGCCGUCUGGGCUCACGAAAAAGCUAUGCGCGAUCAAGCUAAGAAAAUGAACGUAGCCUCACUGCGUAACAGCGAAGCGGAUAAGGGUAAAUCGGUUGAAAUAAAAUUGGCAAAGGUAGCGCUGGUGACAAUAUCGUUGUGGUUCCUCGCUUGGACCCCCUACACGAUCAUCAACUAUGCGGGCGUUUUCGGUUCAAUGAAUCUCUCGCCGCUGAGCACCAUUUGUGGUUCGGUGUUUGCGAAGGCGAAUUCCGUCUGUAAUCCAAUUGUCUAUGGACUUAGUCAUCCCAAAUACAGGCAAGUACUGCGCGAGAAGAUUCCCUGCCUCGCCUGCGGCAAAGACGACAUGGCAUCUGAAGUACGCACCCAAGCGACGGCGGAGAUCAGCGAAUCAGCGGCUUAAAUGCGCAACUCAAUUGUGGAACCGAAAGUACAAUAAUAAGUUCAAUAUGCUGCAACUGGAAAAUUACACUUACGAUGCUUCAUACCGCGGCUAUGGUAGACCGAUGAGAUCAUGAGUAUAGUUUAGUUUAGAUACCCAUGAGUGUCAUAUGGGUUGCCAUGAAAUGAACAAAACGUCAAGCAAUAACAAAACAACCGAUCAAGUUUAACUGCAACGAGAAAAAUAACGACGAAAUAAAUACAAAAAGAAUCGAAUAAAAAAAAUCGAAAAAAGACAUGUAAUAUAGAAAAGAAUUUUAGCGGUGAGAAGAGUGUACUAAGAGAAUUAGUGAAGAUUUUUCAAAGUGGGUCCGAAAAGUAUUUGAAUUUUAUAUUUGUGGUAAUUAUAGACUCAGUUCUCUUUUGCUCUAAAAGUUUUCAAAACUUCUCUCUCCGCUAAGAUUUCUUUUAAGCUGCUAAAUAUGUACUCAAGUAAUUCCUCUCUCUCUCUCUCUCUCUUCACUAUUUUAUUUAUUUUAAUAUUCUUUGAGGCUCACAGGGUUUCGGGAAUUCAAAGUAGCUAUUUAAAACAAUUGUAAUAUUUAAAGGAAC